AUGGAUGGAGUUACCAAGCUACUGAACCUUGCAGUGCCUCCAUUAACACUAAUUCUCCUCUGUGUUUGCAUGCUACCUUCGCUCAUAUUCAAGCAGCUUAUGUAUGUAAAAAAAUCUGUUUACAAAGAAAACGUGGCAAACAAAGUUGUAUUAAUCACCGGAGCAGGCUCAGGGAUUGGCGAGCAAAUCGCUUACGAAUAUGCAAGGCGAGGGGCAAAGCUUUCCUUGGUUGACAUUAGAGAGGAGAAACUUGUGGCAGUGGCUGAUAAGACACGAUCUCUGGGUUGUCCUGAUGUUACCAUCAUUGGUGCUGAUGUAUCCAAGGUCCAAGACUGCAAACGCUUUGUUGAUGAAACUGUGAAAUACUUUGGAAGACUGGAUCAUCUGGUAAAUAAUGCGGGAAUCUGUCCUAAGCCUGUAAAGGUGGAGAAUUUGCGUGAUAUUUCUGAAUACACUCAAGUUAUGGAUGUAAAUUUCUGGGGAGCAGUUAAUGGGACAUUACAUGCAAUCCCACAUCUGAAAAUGAACAAAGGGAGGAUCGUAGUGAUUGCUUCAGUUUCCGGAUGGUUCCCAGUACCAAGGAUAGGUUUCUACAGUGCGAGUAAGGCAGCAGUAAUAAACUUCUUUGAAAGUGUGAGAUUGGAAGUUGGUGGGGACAUUGGCAUAACAAUCGCCACGCCCGGUAUGAUCAAGACGGACCUUGCAUUGAAGGCCAUUAAACAUGAAAAGGGUCUUGAGGGAAGAAUUCCAUUGGCGUCAAGUAGUGAAUGUGCAAAAGCCAUAGUUGAAGGUGCAUGCAGGGGAGACAUGUUCGUUACAAACCCAUCCUGGUUCAAAAUGUUGUUUCCUUGCAAGGUGCUUUAUCCUCAGACGGUGGAUUGGGCCUGUCGCUUGUUCUUUGGGUCUUCUCCAAACAAGUCUAACAUGGAAGCCAAUCACAUGAUGUCAGAAAAUAAGAUUCUCCGCUUCAUCGUAAGAUCACUUUUUAGAGAGAACGUAGCAGGAAAAGUGAUACUAAUCACUGGAGCAUCCUCUGGCAUAGGCGAGCACCUAGCAUAUGAGUAUGCCAAAUUGCUUGGAUCCCCUGAUGUGAUCACCAUCCCUGCUGAUGUUUCAAGAGCCCAAGAUUGCCAACGAUUUGUUGAGUCAACAAUCAACCACUUUGGACGAUGUGGACCCUUUGCCAUCGAUAUUGGUUUUGAGCCUCUAGGAAUUGAGGCAGAGUACGUGCAACUUCCCAACACCAAAACAGCAGUGAUCAGCUUAUAUGAGACUCUGAGAACUGAAUUGGGAAGAAACAUAGGAAUAACUAUAGUCACUCCAGGGUUGAUCGAGUCAGAAAUGUCUCAAGGGAAGAUCCUAACCAAGGAAGGCAAGAUGGUUUUUGAUCAACAAAUAACAGAUAUGCAAGUUAGUGUGAUGCCCAUAAGAUCAGUGACAGAAGCUGCCAAUGCAAUUGUGAAUAGCGUUUGCCGGGGGGGACUCUCACUAAUUUCGAAGUCUCCCGAGAAGGAUCCAGUUAGCAAGAAGGUCCUUGAUCUUACAGGUUUAAAGAAAUAUGUGUAUCCCAAGUCUGCGAGAAGUCCCAAUAUGAAACCAUGUUAA